ACAAAUCUUUCUAAGGCAAUCGGUACCACUGUAAAGACGUUUCAAUUAAAAACUCUCCACAGUGUGAAGCAAAAUGUUCUUAUUUUUUGUAACUGUGUUGCUAACUCUGAGCUACUUGUGGCUAAAAAAUCGUUAUUCGUAUUGGGAACGACUCGGAGUGCCCGGCCCAAAACCAGUGUAUUUGUUCGGUAAUUUGCUGAAACAAUUGACUUUCCAAGAACACAUCAGCACAGCAAAUAAACGAUGGCAUCGCACGUACAACAAUGUUCCAUACUUGGGUUUCUACAAAAUGCUACAACCAGCGGUUAUGAUUCGCGAUCCCGAAUUGCAACGAGAAAUACUCGUUAGGGCGUUCAUGAACUUCGACGAAAACGAUGCAACCGUCGACGAUAGCGAUGAGCUAAUCAAAGCUAAUCCGUUCAUUUUGUCCGGAGAUGAAUGGCGUCAUAGUAGAGCAAUGUUCGGCGCCUCUUUUUCGGCCAAUAAAAUUAAGAUAGUGUUCCCAGCAAUGCUGAAAGUGGCCAAUGAAUGGGAACAGUAUGUACGCAGCUUGGGAAUGAAUACGGAAAUUGAUGCAAAAGAUAUAUGUUCUCGUUUUACCACCGAAACAGUGUUGAGAUGCAUAUUUAGCAUCGAUGGCAAAUCAUUCGAGCGACAAUCUGAAUUUUUAGAUAUGGGAAAAUCGGUUUUCCACCCCGACAUAAUCACGGCGAUGGUGUCGGUUAUUACUUUCUUCAUACCUGGAAUACGGAAAUUCAUGAAUAUUUCCAUGGUUCCGAAAUCGAUGCAACGACGGUUCACAGAAAUGAUUCGAGAGCAGACCAAAAUGCGAGAUUCAGGAUCUGUACAAUGUGAAGAUGUGCUGCAAUUCGUGCUAAAUGACCGCGACAAAUAUCAAAUGAAGGAGACUGACAUCACGGGUAUUUGCAUGGGAUCUUUCAUCGAAAUGUAUGAAACAACAGCGAACGUAUUGGCAUUGGCCUUCUACACUCUAGCCAAAAAUCCACAUAUUCAAGACGAAUUGGCUCGUUGCAUUCAGGAGUCAUUGGAGGCAAACAAUAACGAAGUCACACACGACCUGAUUUACAAGCACGAGUAUCUCGACAAAGUAACAACCGAAUGCAUGCGAAUUCAGCCCGUCUCCUUUGGAAUGCAGAAACUUUGUACAAAAGAUUUCACCAUGCCAUUGCUGCCGGGUCAAAGUGAGCCCACUACCAUUCCUGCUGGAACGUCAGUGCUGAUACCUUUCGCUACAGUGCAACAAGACCCGACCUACUUCCCCGAUCCUGAUUACUUUGACCCAGAGCGUUUCUCGCCGGAACAAAAGGCUCAACGGCACAAAAAUGCGCACAUGCCUUUCUCUGACGGACCACGGAUGUGCGUUGGCGUACAUCAGGCUCUGUUCAAUGUCAAGAUGGGAUUGUUCCAAAUGAUUCGUAGCUUUGAUGUCAAACUCCAUCCGAAUAAUAAACCGUUCAAAGUGCAUCCGAUGACAUUCGACAACAUUCCACAGGACGGAAUCAAAUUGAUUUUAACACCAAGGGAGGCAAUCUAAUCGCUGGUUUCUGAUUGACGUUCUAACAGGAUGUAAAUUUGAGCUGUUUCAAUUGAGAUAAGGGAUCUAUGAUCGUUUGAUUGAAUAGCGCUCGUGUUUUUCCGUAAUAAGAACUUUUCAGUUUAAAGUUCUGGCGCAUCCUAACACAGAUUU